UUGAACUAGCACAACUUCAAUGGAGUACUCUAAUGGAGGCUACACACAACUUUGCUAAGACAAAUAUUCUAGGAAAAGGUGGUUUUGGCCUUGUCUAUAAGGGGAAGCUGGCUGAGGGACGUGAAAUAGCGGUUAAAAGACUCUCAAGGAAUUCAACACAAGGCAUUGAUGAGUUUGAAAAUGAAGUUGCUUUUAUUGCAAAGCUUCAACACUGUAACCUCGUGCGACUUUUAGGAUACUGCAUUAAAGGAGAUGAAAAGAUUCUUGUCUAUGAGUAUAUGCCCAAUAGAAGCUUGGAUGCAUUUCUAUUUGACAAAGAAAAAGGAGAUCAUUUGGACUGGAAAACACGCUUCCACAUCAUUGAAGGCAUUGCUCGAGGUCUUUUAUAUCUUCAUCAAGACUCAAGAUUAAGAAUCAUACAUAGAGAUCUCAAAGCAAGUAACAUCCUUCUAGACAUUGAAAUGAAUCCUAAAAUCUCAGACUUUGGUUUAGCCAGAAAUUUUGGAGAUCGUGAAACAAUGAUCAAGACAAGAAAAGUAGUUGGUACAUAUGGAUAUAUGGCCCCAGAGUAUGCAUUGGAUGGAGUUUUUUCAAUGAAGUCAGAUGUGUUUAGCUUUGGGGUAUUAAUCUUGGAAAUCAUAAGUGGCCAAAGAAAUAGGGUUUUCCUCUCAAAUCCACACCUUUUACUUCUUGGGAGAGCUUGGAGAUUAUGGAAUGACGGGAAGGUUUUGGAUUUAUUAGAUCCAUUAAUCUGCAACUCAUUUUCAGUGACUCAAGUUAUGAGAUGUCUAAAUAUAGGUCUCUUGUGUGUUCAAGAAAAAGCCGAAGAUAGACCAAUCAUGUCAUCAGUAGUUAUCAUGAUAGGCAAUGAUGAUGCCCCAUUACUGGAGCCUAAAGAACCGGUGAUGGGAUACGCUUUCGGUUUCAUCAUGUCAAACCUCGAGAUUCAUGGAUUUUGGAUGCGGGAUGUUUUGUUUCACUAUGACAUGGAACAGUGGUUUGAUUCAAACAAAUCAUGGGAUUUUGAUUUUGUCUACAUGGGCAAUGGUAAAGCGUGUGAUAUUCUUGCGGAAAGAGGCGGAUCAGUUCGGAUGCAUAAUGGUGUUGAUCGAGACUUUGUGUGA